UAAAACUUAACCUAAUCGGCUGCCGGUCUGUCUGUCUAGCGUCAGCGUAGCGUUUGUCAAUAAUUACCUUAUUUUGAUUUUUGAAUAUAUUUUAUUACAACUAACAAAAACUCUACAUAAUUUAGCAUGUUUUAUCAUAUAUCUCUUGAGCAUGAGAUCCUGCUUCACCCACGCUAUUUUGGACCUCAACUCCAUGAAACAGUGAAACAGAAACUCUACACAGAAGUUGAAGGUACUUGUACAGGAAAAUAUGGGUUUGUCAUCGCAGUUACAACAAUAGACAGUAUUGGAGCAGGUAUUAUCCAGCCUGGACAGGGCUUUGUCGUCUAUCCUGUCAAAUACAAGGCCAUUGUUUUCAGACCUUUUAAAGGCGAAGUCCUCGAUGGAGUAGUAACCCAAGUCAAUAAAGUUGGAAUGUUUGCUGAAAUUGGCCCACUUUCCUGUUUUAUUUCCCAUCAUUCAAUCCCUGCAGACAUGCAGUUCUGUCCGAACUUCAAUCCUCCGUGUUACAAGUCAAAAGAUGAGGAUGUUGUUAUUCAAGAAGAUGAUGACAUAAGACUGAAAAUAGUAGGAACUCGAGUAGAUGCUUCUGGAAUUUUUGCCAUUGGAACCUUGAUGGAUGAUUACCUUGGGUUGGUGUGCAACAGCUAAGAUGGGCCAAAAACAGCUGUACUGAUCAAUCUCAACUGGAUGCAUUAUUUUACAAUACAACUAUUUUUUACCAAACAAUUCUUUGAA